CCCCCCAUGUCCCCCUCUUUAAGUGCGAUUGAGUCUAAAUAUCUUUGUUUGAUUACGCGCGUAGUUUAGCAUUCACUUGUAGCACUUACAUAGCAACAAACUCAAACAAAGUCCGUUGAUCGAUCGAUGGCCGAUCGUAUUUGAAAAACUUCGAAAACCAUCCAUGGCUUAACGCGCGUUGUUUAACAAACUGCCCUCAAAACCUUUUUUUCAUUGAGGCAAAAUGUAUUUGAUUUAUUGCGCGUAUAGUUGCACAGAACUUCUGAUAAUGAAGACUGUAUUGUUGUUUUCUUGCCACACGUACCCACGCACAAUGUGUGAACUUGUGUUAAUUCAAGGUGAGACUUUUUUUUUGGCACCACGCCCUGAGAGCAGUGUGGGCAGCCCUGAGAAAAGUGAUGCCGCAGGUCAAACUGCAGGGAUGCGUGUUCCAUUGGACGCAGGCUGAGUACGUGACCGGCAACUGGAUCAGUGGCACCACCUGGAGCCCGGUAGACUGGACGGUGUUUAAGAAAGCCGUGAGGACCAACAAUGACAUUGAGGGGUGGCACCAUGGCCUCAACCGCCGAGCCUCCGGACGUGGACAGCUGCCCUUGUACCUCCUACUUCAACUCCUGUACAAAGAGGCCAAACUUACUGCCCUGCAGAUCCGCCUUGUGUCGGACAGGAAACUCAAAAGGAUCCAACGACGUAAAUACCGCGACCUCCAGACCAAACUGUUCGACUUGUGGGACCAAUACGAGGCCAACGAACGGUCAGCCAAGCGGUUGCUGAAAGCCUGCACCGAGGGACUAGGCGGAUAAACCAAACAAACAAAAAAACAAACGGCUCCUUUAGGAGCCACCAAAUAAAAUAAAAGCAAUGAUCAACAAUGCA